AUGCCACCCCAGGACAGAUACAGAAGGGCAAGUGCUGAUGAGGAAUAUCUCUACAGGGAAAAUGAUAGAAUGCCUUUAAACCAAGGAAAGGUGAGAUACAAACAACAGCAACACAGCGAGAGAAAGCCAGAAGCUUGCACUCUAGAAGUCAAGGAAAUGCUAUAAAAUGAGGGAAGAAGAACAGAAGAUGAGAAAGUGCUAAAGGACAAGGAACAGCCAAAAAGUGAGACAAAUGCAAAAGAGGAAGAAAAAGCAGGAAGCCUAAAAAAGCUAGAGAAGUAUAAAACAGUUAUAGGCAAGUGCCUAGCUGAGGAUGCCAUACCAAGAAAAUCCAAAAGAAAAGCAAACAAGGGCUGUCUCAGAACCUCAAAGAGUAUUUAAUAAAAGGUCAUAUAUGAUAUCAGUUUUAGCAAUGAGGAUAUAAAAGAAUUUGACAUCAUGGCUAAGGUAAAGGAUAGCACCAGAAAAAUUAAACAG